CCUGUCUUCUGAGCGUGCUCUGUUUGACUGUCCUGCCCGUGUGGGAGGAGCCAUGUUACGGAAGGAUGAUCCUGAACUCCAUCAGGCUCCAUCAGGUAUCAGGUAGAGAAGAAAAGGGAGGAGGAGCUGAACCUAAACCACAGAUGAGGAGAAGGAGGAGCUGGGUCUGGAACCAGUUCUUUGUCCUGGAGGAGAUCACAGGAGAUGAGCCUCAGUACAUCGGAAAGCUCCACUCUGACAUGGAUAAAGGUGAUGGUCGGGUGAAGUACUUACUGAGUGGUGAAGGAGCAACUUCUAUCUUCACCAUCAAUGAGGACACUGGAGACAUCCAUGCUAUUAAGAGGCUGGACCGAGAACAGCAGGCUUACUACAUACUGGGAGCUCAGGCUCGAGACCGCAACACCAACCAGCUGCUGGAACCAGAAUCCCAGUUCAUCAUCAAGGUCCAAGACAUCAACGACAAUGCUCCAAAGUUCUUGGACGGCCCGUACAUUGCACACGUACCUGAGAGGUCUCCUGUAGGUAGUUCAGUGGUAACAGUAAGAGCAACAGAUGCUGAUGAUCCGACAUAUGGAAACUCUGCCAGACUAGUUUACAGCAUCCUGCAUGGUCAGCCGUAUUUCUCUGUGGAAACAAAGACAGGUGUGGUGCGGACAGCUCUACCUGAGCUGGACCGAGAGGCUCAGGAUCACUACCUGGUGGUGAUCCAGGCCAAAGACAUGAUGGGUCAGAUGGGGGGCUUGUCUGGGACCACUUCCAUCAUGGUGACUCUGACCGACGUGAACGACAAUCCGCCUCUCUUCCCCCGCAAGAGUUAUCAGUUCACAGUUCCAGAAUCGGUUCUGGUGUCAUCUGUGGUGGCAAAGGUCAAAGCUGUGGAUCUGGAUUUAGGUUCUAACGCUGAGGUGGACUACAGGAUCCUCGAUGGAGACGGACUCGGAAUCUUCAGGAUCUCCACUGAACCAAACUCGCAGGAAGGACUGAUCACCCUACACAAGACUCUGGACUUUGAAACUAAGUCCAGCUACUCUUUGCAUGUGGAGGCGUCCAAUCAGCAGGUCGACACCCGUUUCCUGUUGGGGGGUGCGUUCAGGGACACCACAACAGUUCGACUGCUGGUGGAGAAUGUGGAUGAGCCCCCGGUUUUCUCCCCCUCCAUCAGCUGGAUUGUGGUUUCUGAGGCGGCUCCGGUUGGAACAAAUGUGGGAUCAGUUUCAGCUCAUGACCCCGACCUCCCCAGCAGUCCGAUCAGGUACUCUAUAGACAGGAAUUCGGAUGUUGAAUGCUACUUUGACAUUGACAUCAUCUCAGGAAUCAUCCGGACCACCAAACAUCUUGACCGGGAGACUCGUACUUUGCACAACAUCACUGUUGCCGCCACUGAGAGCUUGGACUGGACUCAAGUGGGCCAAGCUGUGGUUCUGAUAUCCGUAACAGAUGUAAAUGACAACUCUCCAAGCUUUGCCAUCAACUACCAAACCUUCGUUUGUGAGAACUCCCAACCUGAACAGAUCAUUGAGACGCUGAGCGCUGUGGAUCCAGAUGAACCAGAGAAUGGACAUCACUUCCUGUUCUCUACAACAGCGGACGUGGCCUGGAACCACAGCUUCACUCUGAGAGAUAACAACAGUAAACAACAGAGCUCUCUCUGGAUAACAUUAAAAAACAGCCUGAUUUGGAUCCUCAUGAGACCUUUCUGUCUGUCCUCAGACAACACAGCAUCCAUCCUGACUGGUCAAAGUGGUUUCCUGCAGCAGGAUCAGCCUGUCUAUUUCCUGCCCGUGGUGAUCUCAGAUGGUGGCAGUCCAUCUCUCAGCAGCACCAACACGCUUACAAUCACAGUUUGUGAAUGUGACAUCCAUGGAAACCACCACCGCUGCAGGCAGGCGGUAUCACUGUUUCCCAGCGGUCUCGGCACUACAGCUGCUGUUCUCUCCUGUCUCCUAUCUCUUCUGGGUGUUGUCAUGGUAACUGUUAUCUUCAGAUGCAGGCGGAGGGAGUUACUGACGAUGGAUAAUGAGCGAGACAUCCAGGAAAAUGUUGUUCGUUACGACGUUGAGGGAGGAGGAGAGAAAGACACCAAGGCCUUUGACAUGUUUACUCUGAGACAUCUGAACCAGAUUAAUCCGGUUCAGGCCACCGAGCAACCGGAGUCUAUAACUUAUGAAAACAAGCUCUUCCAGGAGUUCAUCAGGGACCGGCUCCUGGAAGCAGACCUGGACCUGACAGCACUUCCCUUGGACUCUCUGCAGAACUACGCCUUCGAGGGCAGCGGGCUGUUGACGGUGUCGCUCAGCUCUCUGGACUCGGUAGACUCAACAGAAUCUGAGCAGAACUACGACUUUCUGGGGGGGUGGGGCUCAAAGUUCAGCAAGAUCGCUGACCUUUAUGGACAUCAUGAAGGGGGUAGUCGGGUCUCAUAAUCCUCCCACCAAAGGUGUGUGGGUGGCAGGACUGUUUCAUAGAACUAUCUACACUGGAUCUCAGAUCAGCUCUCACACUUAGAGAUUGUCUAAUCAGAAACUGUCACUCUGCUGAUUGUGAAGAAAUCCGACCAAUCACAGAACACCGUGACCCUGCUCCAGUUCUGUUUGCUGACUCAGUUAUGAUCCAGAUCAGUCUUCUGACGUCUGGUGCUCUGGCUUCCAUGCCGGUCACUGAUGGAGGUCAGAGCACCGCUCAGGGGAUCCAACCACCUGAAUAGAUUCAAACCUGGAGUGAAGGAGAUAAAACAGCACAGCAGAGGUCAAAGAAACUAUCUCCCACGGCAACAGGCAGACAACAAUUCAAUUCAAUCCUGCUUUAUUUGUAAUGUGCCAGUUCACAACAACAUUAUUUCAGGGCUUUACAGACAAAUCAGUUAGAGCCAAUUCAUGAGCAAUAACAGCCAAGUGAAGGAAAACCAGCAGAUUGCUUCGAAUCUUGACUUCAAUCUAAUCCUCCACCCUGAGCUACAAGAGGCCACAGUGGAAAGGAAAACCUCCGGCAGGACCAGAACCAGGGAGGAGAGUCAGCUUCUGGACCAGUUGGGAUGGAGAGACCAGGAAAGAGAGACCAGCAGUUUUUAUCCAGGAAGACCUGCUGAGAGGAGAAAAACAUUAAUGAUGCCAAUACUGUUUCUACGUGGAGGAUGGGGAGCAUAGAGAUGAAGAAGAAGAGCCCAGUGCA